GCCGUGUGUAUUGUCUCCAACAGACAGCCAGACGCCUAGCAAAGGUUACUGUGACAUUUUCAGGUCUCCAGUAGCAACUUUCUUUACCCUUACAAGUUAGGCAGGUAGUCCGUACAACACGGAGAUCAGAGUUCAGCGCAGUUGGAAGAGCUGAUACCGUGGAGACUUUGGGAAAAUGGGUUCGGAAAGCAAGGAUAUGACGUCAUCGAACGUUGAGGAGACAAAACCAGACCAGGACUCGAAAAAGGGAAGCUGCUGUCUGCUUGCCGACAAGAUCCCGGCUCGAUAUAUUUUGUCGGGCUUGUUCUUCCUGGGCAUCCUUACGUUAGUCCCAACCAGGAACGGAUUCAGCGUCGCCAUCGUGGUCAUGGUGAACAGUUCAUCGUCUGCUUCACCUGUCAAUCAAACUGCUCCCUACCAACUCUGUCCCAGCAGCGGGGCUGGAAAUACUUCCGCACAGAACGAAGAAGGAGAACUGGAAUGGAGUGCGAGUGUGAGAGGAAUUCUACUAGGGGCGUACUAUUAUGGCUACAUCAUCACUCAGGUGGUAGGUGGUGUGUUGGAGCAGAAGUUGGGUGGCAAACUCGUGUACGGGACGGGCAUGUUGGCCAUAGCUGCCCUGGACGCUCUUGGUCCCGUGGCCUCCAGGACCAGCCCUUGGGCGAUGUUUGCUGUCAGAUUCAUCAUGGGCCUGGUAUCUGGAGUUCUGUUCCCCACCAUGUACGGAGUCUGGGGCCGAUGGGCUCCCCCUACCGACAGGACAAAACUUCUGGCGUUUUGCUACAUAGGGUUGCCCAUUGGUAACAUAAUCAACUACCCACUGGCGUCCUUCCUAGCUGCUGAGCUGGGCUGGGAGACUAUCUUCUAUAUUCCUGGAGGUUUUGUAGCAGUCUGGCUCGUAGUGUGGCUCCUCCUGGCUUACGACUCGCCUGCAAAACAUCCGCGGAUCCUGGAGGAAGAACAGAAGUACAUAGAAGACAGUAUCGGGGAAAAAGUACAACAGAAACCAAGAGUUCCUUGGCUGAAAGUAUUGUCGUCACUUCCGGCCUGGGCUCUCAUCGUCGGUCAAUUCUCUUCCAACUGGGGCAACUACUUCUUGCUUACCCAACUGCCGAACUACAUGAAGAAUGUGUUGGGAUUCAACAUUAGAACG